AUGGCGGGUACGUACGGCUCCGCCGUUUCCUUCUCCAUUCCUCGCAACCAAUUCGCCAUCUACAGAACCAAACCGCUGCUUUUAGUUUCAGCUUCCAUUUCCCCUUCAUCUCCUUCGAAGCUCACACGAAGGAAAAAUCAUCUGCGCAUCAAAAUUCUCAAAACCCUAACUAAACCUUCCCCGUUCACUGUCACUCCCAUCCUUCCCAAUCUUCCUCCGACCGACUCCGCACUCCAAAUCGAAUCGUCGGAAAUCUCAGGACCUGCCGGCGUUGAGACCGAGGUUUCAUCUCCGGCGGAAUGUUGCCCUUCCUCCACAACCGUGGACGGUGAAUCUCGACUCUCCGAGGGCUCCAACACUGCCUCGUUGCUUAAUUUUGAUGUUGCGAACUUCUCUUGGGGAAGUUUUCUCAGGUUUGGUGUUUACUUUCUCGCUAUUUUUGCGUUUCAGACUAUCUGUACUGUGUGGGUUUUAGGAUAUGGUAAUUCAAUUAAGGAAGAUAAUAAUUCAGACGAAGGCUCGAGUCUUAAGAGCAAAAGCCGAAGAGAAGUGUUGCUGAAUGGAAAUGAGAGAAUCGUCCAUGGAAAUUUCGGAUCCAAAGCGAGCAAAUUGGUUUAUUUGGAGGAGUCGAAAAUGAGGGAAAAAAUUGAAGAGAUUAGGUCAAUGGCUAGGGAAGCAAGGAAGGAGGAGAAAAGUAAAAUCUCUGAUGAUUUUGGGAACGAUGGCACGGAGGAUAGAAAUGUAAUUUCCAGGGCUAAGAUUGGCAUUGAGAAAGAGGUUGAUUCACGACUUGUUAAGUUACAGAAGAGGCUAAAUUCCACCAGAGAAAGGAUACCGGAGUCACCGGUAAGCUAUUUGCUCAAGUCUGAUAAUGUUGAUGAAGAGGUUGAAAGGGAUGAUUUGAAUGGUGAAGAGCAAAAUAAAAGUCUAAUAUUCAAGAAAAAGUUAAAAUACAGAAACUCUUCAGGUGAUAGAAUGAAGAAGCCUAAGGGGUUUCAAGGUUUUGUAUCGAACGGGAAGAAGGGUGGCUCAAAUAGUAAGGGUACAACAACUAGAGAUGCAAAAUUUAAUGAUGAUAAUGUGGGAGUGAAGGAUGCAGAAAAGCGGGUAGAUAAGGAAAUCAAAGAAAGCGUUUCGGCAAUGUUCAACGAUGAAUCGGUUUUGCAACCACGAAGUGAUAGAAAGACUUCAGAAACCAAAAUAAAGGGUUUGAAGAACAAACCAAAUAAUGGUGUCUUUCAGGAGACUUCUUCCGCUGAGAAAUCAAAGUCACAGAAUUCAAGAGAUUUAGGGGUGAAAAUGCCUCCUUCAGUGGGUCAAAACGACAGUUUUGCUGGAAAGAAAUCUAAGGCACACGAAGGUAGAAGCAAACAAUCAAAUAAGGAAGCUGAUUUAUGGUGGUUGAAUCUUCCUUACGUUCUUGUUAUUUUUAUGCAUCGAGGUUCCGAUGAUGAAGAACUAGAUGGACUUUUCACCUUAAAGAUUCCUUCCAAGUCACGAGACACUGGAGAAUCUACAUAUACGGUUGCUUUUGAAGACCGAGCUGAUGCCAAUAACUUUUGUUAUCUACUAGAAUCAUUUUUUGAAGAGCUCGGAAAUUUCACAGCGGACAUUGUUCCUCUAGCUACAAAAGAGCUCGAGAAAGUCAAUACAAAUAAGAUUAUUGUUGUGAAGAAGGGUCAGCUGCAACUCUAUGUCGGGCAACCGUUCGCUGAUGUCGAGAUGGCUUUGCAUGCUUUGGUCGAGCGAAAUGAGAAUGUCAUUUCCCUACAUCCCAUAUAGGAACCAGAUACACAGAAAAACGUUCAAAUACCGCACUCGAUCCCUCGCAAAUACAGCCAUCAAACCAAAGAUGGAGUUCAUCGUGCAGAUGGAACCACCAUCUACCUGGAUUUCACGAUGAUUUUGAAAUUCAUUGGAGGAAAUUCAUGAGCAUCUUUUAGAAGUUUUCUGAUUUAGUCAAGUCGAGUGAGUCAAAUUUACCACAGAAUUGAAUUUCACUCCCACCCCAGAUGGUUUUGUUUUAUUGUAUCAUGUUCAACAUGUUUGAAAUUUUGGUCAGUUAGAUGAA